UAUCAGAUCAGUAUGACUCAUGGUUACCAGAAAGUAGCUUCGACAUUUCCUGCAUUCCAAUCCCCAUGGAUUUCACAAUCAUUAGAAGGUUAGCCAGCAAAUGGGCUCCACCAUGUGUUCCACAGGCUGUGCUUGAUGCUUGUGUUGCUACGGGGAGAAAGUGGACAUUUGUUUUUUUCCUUUGUGAUUCUUUUCUCUCUCUUCUGGAACUACUUUCUCAGGUGAGAUCUUUCCAUUUACCUCAGGAAUAUGGAAUCUAGACCACAAAAACAAAAAGGCACUGGCUCCAUGGAGAUUAACUGCAAAAUGCUCCUUAAAGGAAUCCGGCCACACAGUCUCAUCAUCAUGAUCACAUGGCUUUUACUUGCGUCACUGUUCUGCAACAGCACACAAGAUGGAAAUUUCAAAGAAGACGGUGUUGUUCACUGCCGACCACAGAACAUAACAGUUACCGCUUCAGACUACAUAAUCCUGGUAAUGUGGCAAGAUGACCCAUCAUGCAAGUCGGUCCACGAUGUGCUGACGUAUGAGCUGGAGGUGCUCAUCGCAGACAAGUUCGUACAUUACGAGGAAGUCGCUGUUACACCAGACCAGAUAGGAUCUCCUCAUUCGUGGAACUGGUCAUCCCAUUUAGCAACGGAGUGCGCGUCCCACACGCUAAAGCUUCGAUCUCGAUCCCAAAACCGUACAAGCCAGUGGAAAGUGGAGCAGAUCGUUCCCGCAGGCCACAAUCACUCUGAUUUGCCAGAGGUUUAUCCACGAGACAACGUGUUUGAAGUUGGCAGCAGCGCUACCUUUUGCUGUGUUCUACCAAUGGGACAAGUUCUGGAGCGACUGUAUCUAAACGGACACAGCAGCUCUAAAUGGGAUGUUAGAAAUAUAAGCAGUCAUACGUACGCCCUGACCGUUGACCUGAACCGAGCAUCAACGACCAGUUGCACUGAUAUCAUUUGCGAAACAAAGACAUCUGAAAAUGGCGCGUGCGCUUACAUUGGCUAUCCGCCUGCGGAUCGGGAUCUGACCUGUGAAACUCGGGAUUUCCAAUCUGUUGAGUGUCUGUGGACAGUGGGACCAAACACUCACCUGGCUAUUGGAAGUCCAACAACCUAUCAACUUCUUGGAAGCCAAUGUGCAGACGGGUCCAACGGCAGAUGCUCUCACAAAAUGCAAGUGGAUUUUGGAGAGCGGAAUUGGACUUUAACAGCAGAAAACCAACUUGCCACCGUCGUGCUCACGGACAGGGCAGACCUUACUAAUAGAGUCCGCAUGUUUGCUCCACAAAAAGUUCAAGUCCUAGCAGUUAAUUCCGAUAAUGUCAGACUACAGUGGGAGUGGGCAAUACGAAUAUAUAAGGAUCUAGAUAUAACCUGCCAACUAAACAUCAGUGACGGAGAAACACAUGCAGUAAGGGAAUGUGUUGGAGUCGGCCUGAGCUUGGCAGUCUUGAAGGACUUGAUUCCCAACUGGACAUACACGGUGACGAUCCGCUGUGGAACAAGUCGACAUUUGUGGAAGUGGAGCGAGUGGAGCUCGAGUGCCGGGUUUCGCACGACGGGCGACGUUCCAGACGCUCUCGAUGUAUGGACUCAGGUAAAAGGCAGCCAAACCAUCAUCACAUGGAAAGUACCACUGGCCAAGCAAAGCCACGGAGACAUCGUGGAUUAUGAAAUGACCUGGGCACCGACCUCUGGGGGACGAGAAACAGCCCGAGUGAUGCACCCAGAGCACAGCUUCGCCCUCAGUCUGGACUCCAUCAAAGAGUAUGCAGUCAGUGUUCGAGCCAGGAAUCAAUAUGGAAGCUCUUCUCCUUCGACUAUCACCAUCCCUGUCCUCAAUACAGGAAGCGGUGGAGUUAAGUUGUCCAGGACAAGAGGCACUAACGGCGGUUUCAACCUGUCUUGGUCCGCCAGUCUGACCGCUAGCUGUGGCUAUAUCGUAGACUGGUGCCCAGCGGUAGGGCCGUGCGCAGUGGACUGGCUCAGAGUCCCUCCUAGUGAAACUAAAGUCAAUAUAUUUUCAAAAAACUUCAAAGAAGGAGUUAGAUACUUGCUGUCGAUACAUGCCUGCACUCACAGGGCGCCGGUGCUACUCGAGAGAGUAGAAGGAUAUGUCAAAGAGAAAAUCAUACAAGAUCGUCUUUUCAAAACACUUCGAUGGAAACAGAGGGAUAUGGAUGUUGAGGUAUCCUGGGAUCCUGUAGCCCUACGAGAGCAGUCUGCCUUCAUCCGAGGCUACAGUUUAUACUAUUGGGACAACAUCGGCGGUGUCAUGAAUACCAGCACAGAUAAUUGUCAGGCCACCAGCUUGACCGCAAAAGGUCUUCAGAUCGCCUCGUACACAUUCACAGUGAAGGCAAAUACCGCUGUUGGCCAAUGUGGCGCCACAUCCAUCACUGCCACCCUGAAUUCACUCACUGAUAACUUGAUCAAGGCUAUCGGCAUCACCCUGGCAACUAUUUUUGUUCUACUCUGCUUAAUUGUUAUCCUCUGCUACAGAAACUGGGAAUGUAUCAAACUGAAGGUCUAUCCCCCAAUCCCAAUGCCAGUAUUGAAGGACAAAUGGAUGACAUCACUGACUAAACAAAGUUGCCAUCGCGUUUUUGUGGAAAUGCGUCACCACACUGAGGCAGAAUUAAUGGCUAUUCCUGUCCUGCACUCCAAAUCGGAAGCACCGGCGACGGAUCGCGUUGACCGGGGAAAUGUUUCUUCACAAACUACAAAUGGGUACCACAAGACGGCCGUUGAAAAACUCCGCGCAAGUAGCGCCGCCAUUCCGUGUCAAGCGCCAUUGCUACCGCCGACGUUAUUGUCGUCGUCAUCUGCCGUGAAAGACGGACAGCUCAACCCUUCAUUCAACCUGACCCCAACCGACUCCAAUGGAUACCAGCCUCAGAAGCAAAAGGGACAGCCGGAAGACGUUCCAGAGAAUCCUUUGCCUUGUGUCUUAACUUAUAUUUUGCUACCGCAGUUACCUUCUGAAUAGUUGCUGCAUGUUGAUUCGACUGCUCGGAAGAAGGACAUGAGUAGAGAGGAAUCUUAAAUACAUUGAAGAGCACUUUUGUAGUUUAGCAGACCACUUAAAGCACUUUACGACAUACAGUACACUGUUUCGAUGAAAUAUGUAAUGUUACUUUACACGCAGUUGUUAAAUUAAAAGUAAAUGGUUAUUGUUUUAAGAUUUCUAACUAGCGUAGAUCUUUAAAAACAAAAGACAAAGAUAGCGCCACACCUGACACAGGAAAACACAGCCCUGUUUUUCUCCGCAUAAGUAUAUUCGUGAAUCGAUUGAAUUGUCCCACACGGUACAUCAUUAACAUUUCAGCCCUCGGGGCGUUCCCGAGGCGUUCCGAGGUCAGCCGAGAGAUUCUCUCGCGUGUCCUCGGUCUUCCCCGGGGGCCUCCGCCCAGUAGGACGUGUGCCGAGAAGCGCUGCGGUGACAAAUGCCGUCCGUCUGCACCUCGACGGCCGGCGUCCACCGACGGGCACCGUACACUUUACGGCCACAGCCUCAACAAUGGAGGCGGGGAAUAACAACAACUAACCCGGUCGUGGCCGUAAAUAAGCUCAACAAAAUGUAAAACAGCGUGCAUGUAUUUUUACUACAUUGUUCCUCACUCAAUAAAUAGCCCAAAUAUAUCACCUUUACAUUCAUUCAUUUUAUUGGACCCAAAUAACGACGCCAGUUUCUUCAUGUCAAUUUCUAGCGAUGUUGCUUCCCAAAAAAAAGACUUGGAUGCGAGGAGCCAAUGUAGAGUUGUAACCGACGUAUCGAUCCUGCCUUGCUAACGGAUGCGAAUAUAAGCUACGUUUAAGUGUUUUCUUAGAGGAUAAGAUGAGACGCUGACAGCUGUUAAGUGACUUUCUUAUGAAAUGUGGGCCACUAUUACUCGUGCUAAGAUUGGAUAUGAUUUUUGAGACGCAUGUAAUACUUAAUACUGCACGUCAUGCACAUUAAAUUGCAUUGUCCCUUUUCAAAUAAACGGAUUAAACUAAACUCAA